AUGCCUCCAUCUCCCCCAACUCCUUCAACCCCUUCGAAUUCUUUGGUAAUUCGACACCGACCGGGGCCGAUCAGCCCGUUCAAGGUCCCUCCCAUGCCUUCCACGCCUACCCGAACACCCAAGACCCACAAAGUCAGUGUUCAGGUCAAGGCUGAAAGAGAUACGAGUGCUUCGACGGCAAUUGUUCCCAGACGCAUAGAUCUUCCUCCCACUCCUACCUCCCGAGCUCCCAAUGUAAUUCGACGAUCUCGCACAAUCACCCCUUCACCGCGGAGACGGUCCUCCGUUACCCCCAUUCGGACCAAGAUUCCGUGCCUUUCAUCGUCCGCUGGAUUCCAAGCGAAACUCGCUGCAAUCCGAUCAAGGGACACAACGAGGAGAAACAAGACUCCCAUUUCUGGGCCAAAUUCCUAUUCUAAUCGCGGUAGAUUACCAACUUUACCUGCUGACGGUGACGAGGAGGAAGUCAGGUUCUGGAUGCAAGAUCAACGACAGGGUUCUUCCUCAGAAGCUGCUAUUGAGAUAGAUGAUAAUGAUGACGAUGAUGCAGACCACCCAAGUCCAUCCGAUGCUCUCAUUCAUCAAAACCAAUUUCCCCCCUUUCACUCUGUUUCGGGCAUUCACGACAACGACCUCGAUCGAGAAGGAUCAGAAUUUUCGACAGCCUCGCUCAGAUCUGCAGCAACUCCCUUCAGUCGAGCUCCAACCCUCGAUUUCAGAGAUGUUCGGUACGGAAGGACAUAUCCUCAAGGUGAAGGGAGAAUUCGGAACGGUAGCAAUGCUGUUAGCCCGCCAGCUAAUAGCACAGCCGCAUUAUGUUCUAUCCCCGUGGCUCUUGCCGGCUCCAUCUCCAAGAUCAGCGAGCUCAUCAGGACACUCAUUGCCAAAAACAUCGAGGAUAGUAAGGCGCCGUUAAUGAAUGAUUCAGACAAGCUGAAUUUGGUUCACAUUGCCAUUUUCAGAGGUGAAACGGAUAAAUAUCGAGCCAUCCUCAGCAGUAUCCAAAAAGAUCUACAAGAAGGGGGUGAUGUCGAGGUGCCAAAAGAAUGUAUAUCUACAAUCUUGAGUCUCCUCAAAACAUCAUUGCUGCAAGCGAUAAAAACGGACUUCUUGGAAUAUAGAAGUCCCGCUUACAGAGGAUCAAUGGAAGUGAGGAAAUCUACUUGGUAUGCUGACUUCAAGAAUUACAUCAAGUUUUCGAUGCAAAUGCUGCCCAACGAUCUUCAGAAGGAGAAAGCGGAAGACAUCAUCCUGUCCUUUCGAGCUGUCACCAGCGAUAGGACACAUACAAACGAUACCAUAAUCACUCUAAGUGAAAGCUUUGACGGUGUCAAUGUUGUCACAGUACGGAAGCUCGCAGAAGCGAUCAUCGACUUUUUCGCUGCCACCAUCAAUGUAGCUUGGAGUAGAUAG